UGCAUAAUUAUACAUCAUACAUAUGUGUAGUUCGUAUGUAAACGAUUUUCAGAAUUCAUAAACGGCUUUCAUGAAGCAAGUCUGUAAAAGCCUGCCAGGAAGUAGUAACAUUGUGAACUCAUCUUCCUGACAAUUCAUAGAUUUGUCUGAGCUGCCCUGCGACUGUGUUGUGCAUCAGGCAUUACAUUAAAGUCACCAGACUUGUAUACCGCGAAGACAUACUUCCUUGUCAACGUUGCUUUUACUCCGAAACGUCGGUAAUUCUUUCUGUGUGUAGGUACAAUGUCAUCUCCAUCAUUUGAACAAACUACAGAACAGGUGUUGUUGGAACCAUACAAGUACAUAUGUCAAAUUCCGGGUAAAAAAGUAAGGAGUAAACUAGCAGAGGCAUUCAACCAUUGGCUCAACAUUCCACCAGAAAAAAUAGCUGUGAUAGGGGAAGCUACUCAGAUGUUACACAAUGCUAGUUUAUUAAUUGAUGAUAUUGAAGAUAGUUCUAAACUAAGAAGAGGCAUUCCAGUUGCACACAGUAUAUAUGGGGUUCCACAUACCAUCAACUCUGCCAACUAUGUGUACUUUCUAGGACUGGAGAAGGUGUUAAGACUUGAGCACCCAGAGGCCACAAAGGUCUUUACAGAACAGCUGCUAGAACUCCACCGAGGUCAAGGUAUGGAUAUCUACUGGAGGGAUGCUAUUAUCUGCCCUACAGAGGAGGAGUACAAAGCCAUGGUCACUAAAAAAACAGGUGGACUGUUUGGACUAGCUGUGCGACUGAUGCAGUUGUUUAGUGAUAACAAAAGUGAUCUGAAGCCAGUACUAGAUGUGUUGGGUCUUUAUUUCCAAAUCAGAGACGAUUAUGCCAACCUGAUAUCAAAAGAGUAUGAAGCCAAUAAGAGUUACUGCGAGGAUCUAACGGAGGGCAAAUUCUCAUUUCCAAUCAUCCAUGGCAUCCGGACUAGUCCAGACAACAACCAAGUCCUUAGUAUACUACGACAGAGGACAUCUGACAACGAUGUGAAAAAAUACUGUGUGGAGGUUCUAGAAAAACUCGGAUCUUUUGAUUACACGAAAAAAGUCUUAGAAGAGCUGGAAGAAAGACUGUUGGCUCUGAUAGAGGAUCAAGGUGGAAAUCCCAUUCUAGUUAGUCUUAUAAAUGAACUGAGGAAGGUUUACAGAAACGGACAAUGACUGAAACCAAACAUAGUGGACAUGUGCAAUCUCAGUGUAUCUGAAUGAAUGUGAUGUAUGAUGCCAAAAACACACUUUAUCUACGAUAGCAGGCUCCAGAAUCAGGACACCAAGUAUCAUCCCAAUCAAGACUGUUACUUAGAUUUUUUCUGUGGUAGAAUUUCAUUCUUUCAUCGUUAAAUUUCUGACACAAAGAAUCAAAGUUUCAAAGGGAUCCUGACUGUGGACAAAGUCUGUGUCACUUUGUUAAAUAUUUUUUUAACAAUUAAAAUUGCCCAUUUACUUCUGUGCUUAAUAAACAACAAAAUGAGUCAGGAACACUUGUUCUAAUGAGUAAAGAUAGAGUACUGUUCCACAAAAUAUACAUUGCCAUGUGUAUAAUCUGACCUGGAGUUAUUUCCCUUGAUAAGAUUUUAUUUCAAUACUGAUAGCAACAUUGAUAAAGUAUUGUUACUAAAAAAAUAAACAUCAUGGAUAUCUGCGAUAUUUCAUGUAUUUUUUUUUCAAUUUCAUUUGUUUACGAACAAAAUUCUGUAAGAUAUAUUGUUAUUUAUUAUGAUUAUGGAGAGGGGUGUCACUGAAAGUCUGAGAUCAUUGCUACCAUUAUUGAUCUAUAUCAGACAAAUUGUGUCAUAGAGGAACAUGGUAAAACUGAUGAUGCACACUGUGAUCCUGUUUGAGAAUUCUCCACCAGACCAUCUAGGCUCACUAUGAGGUCAGCCAAGUACAGCAUAUGAUUCCCAGGUGCCAAGUUAUUUAAAAUAAAUAUAAUAAAGAUUUAGGUAAUUGUGACCUACUAAUUAGUGUUUGACAAUCUUUUCUAUUUAAUUUACAACAGGUUUUCAUUCCAAUAAUGAAUAAGCAAGAACUUCAACAAUAACAAAUUUUGUUUACCUACUUUAUCACAAACUGGUUGCUGAAGGGCAUAAAUUGGCACCCCUCGUUUACUGCUGUUGAAAAUAAACAUUUCAUAAUAUUGUGAAUAAUAAUGAUGUCCAAGUACAAUAUUGGCUAAAACGGAUUCUUUGUGAAUUAAAUACUCAUAGCCAUUAUUUAUUGAAUCAUGUGAAUAUGAAAUAUGCUGUGUUGAAUCAGGAGUGACAAGGUUAUCGUACACUAUUGUGAGUAGUGAGAAAUAAGUUUUUAUAAUUAUUGAUCUCAGUGCUUUGUGAGAAUGAUCAUUAUGUUUUUAUUCUUAAAAAAUGAAUUUGAUCACCUGGUUUUGUUUAAGCACACAUGUACAUGACAAAUACCGGAUUAAGGACAAUUUUGUAAGUCUUUUUGUAAGAUACAGAUGUAGGACAAUAUUGUAAAUCUUUGUGUAAGAUAUAGAUUCAGGACAAUAUUGUAAGUCUUUGUGUAAGAUACAGACUUAGGACAAUAUUGUAAGUCUUUGUGAAAGAUACAGACUUAGGACAAUAUUGUAAGUCUUCGUGUAAGAUGCAGAUUUAGGACAAUAUUGUAAGUCUUUGUGUAAG